AUGUCUGAUUCCGAAAACGAAGAGAUAUAUGCUCGCAAUUAUCAAGAAAUUACCGACGAGAUUGAGCGUUGUAAAAGAAAUCCAGAAACUUCUGGGAUGUUUGUGUCUGGAUGGGAUGAUGCAGAUCAAGAUGUUGACAUUGUAAAAAAUCCUAAAGCCAACCCAAUAGAUCAUGUGUUGUGGGCAGCUGAAAAUGGUGAAUUAGAAGAGUUAAAAGAACUUUUAACAAGUCAACCAGGCCUUGUACAUGCAAGAGACUCUGAUGGAUAUACUCCACUUCAUCGAGCUGCUUACGGAAACCACGUAGCUUGCAUUUCAUAUUUAUUAAGUGCUGGUGCAAAUGUUACAACAAAAACUGAAUUAGGUUGGACUCCAUUGCAUUCUGCAUGUAACUGGAACAAUUACACUGCGGCUGCAAGACUAUUAGCGGCAGGUGCAGAUCCCGCAGCUCUUUCUGAUGGGGAACAAACACCAUUGCAUCUAGCGGCAGCAAUAAGCCAUUGUAAAUCAACUUUAAUUAUAUUAUUGCUAAGAGAAGAUACAGUAGACAUUGCUCAUAGACAAAAUAAAUCUGAAGAAACACCCGAACAACUUGCACGUGGACAUGGAAUAUAUGGCCCAUUAUUUGAAAUGGCGUUACCUGCCGCAAAUUUUAUAAAAUCACUAGCUUUUACUUAUAACCCUUAUGUUUGCGCCUAG